AUGGCUCGGACUAUGCAGACGGCCACAUAUCCAGACUAUAGAAGCGAGGGCUCAGACGACCAAACGCCUGAGAGAGAAACGUCUGGUCAGAGAGACCAGACGGCUCUGGAGAGAUCCCCUCCGCGCGCCCCUUCGACUCCCGCAGAUUCCUUCUUGGAAGAAUGCGACCAAGGCGGCGAUGAGGCCAUCUCAGCUCCUUUGGCCCAGGAUGAGGAGGAAACGGAGAGCGACAGCUCCGCCUCCACCUCUGAAAGCAGCGAUGACCUGCCCCCGCUUGAGGAUAGCGAGGAGGAGGAGAGGAAGAAAUGGAAAGAGAAGGACGACCCCUUCAACAUCCACGUCUCUGCUAAAGACCGGCUCCAAAAGGGGGAGAAUUUAAACAACUUCACACAAAUGCACCCGUUAGGAGACGGGUAUAGAAUAAGAGUGCCGCCUGAGUUUAUAUCCGUCUGUAAAGAAGCUUUAAACAUGCUGCCAACAGAGAAGACUCCCCAGCGAUCCUCUGUACUCAUCCGCAAACAACUUGCGGAAAAAGCUGCGGCUGAGGUCAAGGCCAAGGGGGGAGAGGUUGGAAAGACGCUUGAGAAGCAACUCAAACGGGCUAGGGAGGAGACCCCCUCCGUUCUCAACAAAUCGAAGAAAUCCACCUCCGCCUCAACUCCUGGCGCCUCAGCCGGGAAUCAACAAUUACGGAUAGAGGGGCGGAUUGAGAGGCUGGAGGCGGAUCUGGAGACGGCCAAACAGCAGGCGAGUGAUGCUGAGACAGCCCAGAAGAAGGCAGAGGAGGCCCGGAAGAAGGCGGAUGAGGGCGCCAAAAAGGCUGAUGAGGCGCUCAAGAAGGCCCAGACGGACCAUGGCACACUUCAGGGUGUUUCUGAAGAGAACACCAAACUGAAGACAAAGAUCGCCUGGGCUGCCCUGUACCCAAACGCGGAUUACGGCGUCUGGGCACUGGCUCACAGCUAUGCCGAGUACGUGGUGUACUUAAGGGAUAGAGGCGAGCCAGAGCCUGACUCUUUUGAAGCCUGUGUCAACUCCAAUAACGAGCCUUCCGCGCCUCAGCUACCUGGUCCGGGUGAAGCACAAGAUAUACCCUCCGAUGAUGAGGACCAGGAGGCACCGUCUGCAGGCAAGAAGUGA